CGCGCGGCCGGCGGGGGCUGUCUCCGCGAGCCCAGCGCCACGGGAAGCGGCCCAGCCACCUGAACCCGAAAAACGCCAACAAGUAGUUUCUCGUUGGAGAGGGGCGGCUCGGCUGGGUGUCGGGACUCCGUCCGGCUGCCCGGAGCACCUCGUCCACUCGGACACCAUAGCAGAACCACUUUUCUCUCGGUCUCGUUAAGUCAUGUCUAAGGCACAGAGAUGGGCAAGAUCGAGAACAACGAGAGGGUGAUCCUCAAUGUCGGGGGCACCCGGCACGAAACCUACCGCAGCACCCUCAAGACCCUGCCCGGGACGCGCCUGGCCCUUCUCGCCGCCUCCGAGCCCCAGGGCGACUGCCUGAAGGCGGCGGGCGACAAGCUGCAGCCGUCGCCCCCUCCGCUGUCGCCGCCGCCGCGACCGCCCCCUCUGUCCCCCGGGCCGGGCGGCUGCUUCGAGGGCGGCGCGGGCAACUGCAGCGCCCGCGGCGGCGGCGACCACCCCCGGGGCAGCCGCGAGUUCUUCUUCGACCGGCACCCGGGCGUCUUCGCCUAUGUGCUCAACUACUACCGCACCGGCAAGCUGCACUGCCCCGCCGACGUGUGCGGGCCGCUGUUCGAGGAGGAGCUGGCCUUCUGGGGCAUCGACGAGACCGACGUGGAGCCCUGCUGCUGGAUGACUUACCGGCAACACCGCGACGCCGAAGAGGCGCUCGACAUCUUCGAGACCCCCGACCUCAUCGGCGGCGACCCUGGCGACGACGAGGACCUGGCGGCCAAGAGGCUGGGCAUCGAGGACGCCGCGGGCCUGGGGGGCCCCGACGGCAAGUCCGGCCGCUGGAGGAGGCUGCAGCCCCGCAUGUGGGCCCUCUUUGAGGACCCCUACUCGUCCAGAGCUGCCAGGUUUAUUGCUUUUGCUUCUUUAUUCUUCAUCCUGGUUUCAAUCACAACUUUUUGCCUGGAGACACAUGAAGCUUUCAAUAUUGUUAAAAACAAGACAGAACCAGUCAUCAAUGGCACAAGUGUCGUUCUACAGUAUGAAAUCGAAACGGAUCCUGCCUUGACGUAUGUAGAAGGAGUGUGCGUGGUAUGGUUUACUUUUGAAUUUUUAGUCCGCAUUGUUUUCCCCAAUAACUUGAAUUCAUCAAAAAACCUCUUGAAUAUCAUUGACUUUGUGGCCAUCCUACCCUUCUACUUAGAGGUGGGACUCAGUGGGCUGUCAUCCAAAGCUGCUAAAGAUGUACUUGGCUUCCUCAGGGUGGUCAGGUUUGUGAGGAUCCUGAGAAUCUUCAAGCUCACCCGCCAUUUUGUAGGUCUGAGGGUGCUUGGACACACUCUUCGAGCAAGUACUAAUGAAUUUUUGCUGCUGAUCAUCUUCCUGGCUCUAGGAGUUUUGAUAUUUGCUACUAUGAUCUACUAUGCGGAGAGAGUAGGAGCUCAACCCAAUGACCCUUCAGCUAGUGAGCACACGCAGUUCAAAAACAUUCCUAUUGGGUUCUGGUGGGCUGUAGUGACCAUGACUACCUUGGGCUAUGGAGAUAUGUACCCCCAAACGUGGUCAGGCAUGCUUGUGGGAGCCCUGUGUGCUCUGGCUGGAGUACUGACAAUAGCCAUGCCGGUGCCUGUCAUUGUCAACAAUUUUGGAAUGUACUACUCCUUGGCAAUGGCGAAGCAGAAACUUCCAAGAAAAAGAAAGAAGCACAUCCCUCCUGCCCCUCAGGCAACCUCGCCUACUUUUUGCAAGACAGAAUUAAAUAUGUCCUGUAAUAGCACACAAGGUGACACAUGUCUGGGCAAAGACAAUCGGCUUCCGGAACAUAACAGAUCAGUGUUAUCAGGUGACGACAGUACAGGAAGUGAGCCGCCAUUAUCACCCCCAGAAAGGCUCCCCAUCAGACGCUCUAGUACCAGAGACAAACACAGAAGAGGGGAAACAUGUUUCCUACUGACGACAGGUGAUUACACGUGUGCUUCUGAUGGAGGGAUCAGGAAAGGAUAUGAAAAAUCCCGAAGCUUAAACAACAUAGCGGGCUUGGCAGGCAAUGCUCUGAGGCUCUCUCCAGUAACAUCACCCUACAACUCUCCUUGUCCUCUGAGGCGCUCUCGAUCUCCCAUCCCAUCUAUCUUGUAAACCAAACUGCAUCAGUCGGCUAAAUUGUCUUAAUUCAAGUACUGUUUACCCCAUAAUGGAAAUAAUUAAACAUAGACUUACUCCAAGCUCUAUUAAUACAGUACCAAUCCUGCAUGAUACUACUAUCUGAAGUCAGAAAUGCCAUUUGGGUAGCCAACAAAUCUAUCCUGCUUUAAAUGAAUCUUAUCCUGGUAGUGCUACUACUUCUCCAUAUUAAUUGCCCUGAUCUCCUUUCGCAAUAAAAUGACAGAUAGCAUCAGAUAUUGGCCAGUACCCUAAUACAUAAACAUAUCUUCAGGGAGAUAUAUUUAGACCAGUGUGCUUCCAAAUGCCAACCACUUCAUGGGAACUUCAUUUCUUGUGACUCUCUAAACCAUUCUGAAGAUGUCUGGGAUCCUAUUUUGAUUGCUCACAACAUGACUUUGGUCAGCUCAUUUGCAUGGACCAUCUUGUCUCUAUCACCUGAAAGCAAUGUCGCAAAGUUCGGGGACCAUGGAUGGCUCGGGAUAUGUGUACUUGCAUCGAACCAUCCUGCUGAUGUGAAAGCACUGGUCGACUGUUCUGCAUGUUGAAUUGUGGGGCAUG